AUGAUCGUCGAAAUCCCCCGCUGGUCCCAAACCAAAUUCGAAAUCUCCCGCUCUUUACCUCUGAACCCCAUCGUCCAAGACGUUUUAUCCGCCCGUCCCAACCAGCCCCGGUUCGUGCCUAACCUGUUUCCUUACAAGGGAUACCCCUGGAACUACGGCUGCUUGCCGCAGACGUGGGAGUCGCCGCACUACAAGGGUCCGGGUCCGGACGCGGAGGGCGCAGAGGGCGCAAGGGGGGAUAACGACCCGAUUGAUGCGUGUGAAAUUGGUACGCGCGUGGCAUACACGGGGGAGGUGAAGCAGGUGAAGGUGCUAGGGGUUUUGGGACUGGUGGAUGCGGGGGAGAUGGAUUGGAAGGUGUUGGUGGUGGAUGUGAGGGAUAAGCUUGCCCAAAAGGUGGAUGAUAUCAAGGAUGUAGAGAGGGAGUGUCCGGGGUUGUUGGAGGCGACGAGGGAUUGGUUUACGUGGUAUGGGGUUCCGGAGGGGAGGAAGAAGAAUAGGUUUGCGUUGGGCGGGGAGUGGAAAGGGAGGGAGUAUGCGGUUGGGGUGAUUAAGGAGUGUGAGGAGAUGUGGAAGGAGCUGGUCAAGGGGGAGGUGGAGGGGAGUGAGGAUGUUUGUUUGAAAAACACGACGCUGGAUGGAACGCCGGGGAAGGUCGAUCCAGAGAGUGUCAAGUUGCCGCCGAAUGAGGACUUGCCGCCUGCCGAGGUGGAGCAGGAUUUGGAGGAGGUAGCCUAUGUGGAUAGGAAGAAGGGGGAUGAAGAUGAAGAUGAGGUCGGUACUGAGGAUAAGGGGACGAAUUACGAGGAAGACAGCAAGACGAAUGAUGACGAAUGGGACGAUUUAGCGAACGAUUCUGCCCUCGACGACCUGAAAAUGCUGAACGUCAACUUGAAUUCCUGGUGA